AUGUCUCACCCCCUUACCCCUCCUCCAAGUUCUCCACAAACCCAUCAAUAUGAAUAUCACAAGGGAUCUCCCUCCCAAGUUCCUCCCUCACCUCCACAGAGCCUCAGCACUGAGGAAGUGCAGAUGCCACUUCAACUUCACAACAAGAGUUACCCAGGGGACAAUCUUUCUGUGUCCAUCCCUCCUGCUGCUCAUAAUCUGUCAGCUUGUGUUAAGCAUUCUCAUGCCAAGUUCACACCUUACAGCAAGCCCAGUGCUAUCAAGCUCCACUUUGCUGAGAAGCAACUCCAUGCUCUUACUACUGCUUGGGAGAUCAAGGCUAUCAACCACUGGAGAGAUUUCCUCCUUGCAAUGCAAGAAGAAGAGACUCAGUUCCUUCAGUCAACUAAAGAUCUCCAGUUUUUCAAGGAUAUCAUGGAGCAUCACUCAGUCAGUCAAUUGGAAGAGGAGGAAGAGUACCACAUUGGGGCUUAUGGACAGGAUUUAACACUGCUUGCAUUGGAGGAUGAACACCUCAACCAGAUGGAGGAAGUCACAGGUAAACUCAAAGACAACAAAGUGCUCGACUCCAAAGAUAAUCUGAUGGCCUUCUUGGCCACUUCCAUUAAUGUUGAUGAAAGUGACACAGAUAUGAGUGAAGAAGAUGAAAGCAAAAAUUGA